AUGCGGCCCGCUCAGUCGGCCGUCGCAGCUCGCCUGGCAGCGGCCGCCACCACCCCGCCGCCGCUUGCCUCCGCUGCCGGCUCGGCGGUGUGUUUGAAUGACGCGGGGCAGCCUGUGGAUUGGUGGCUGCUUUACAAGACGCCCGGAAACUGCGGAGCCAGCCCCUGGGUCCGCGGCAACGUGACUCUUUACGUCGACGCCAGCACGGCGGCGGGCUGCGACAGCGGCGGCACCUGCUGGCAGGCUGGCAGCAUUGACAGGCCCGACAGCGCCCUGCAGCGCACGCUGGCCCAGCUGACUGCCAACGGCGCCGGGGUUGCCAUGUACUCAGACCAGCCUCCCUACUACAGAUAUAAAUACACGGACUACCUGCCCUGGGCGCACGCCAAGGGCCUGCUGCACUUCGGCGCCACCUCCGGCAUCUGGCUGCGCCACAGCAUCCCUGUCUGGCCCAACCGCACCGACGGCGCCCCGCACUGGGCAUACGUUCCCUGGCCCGAGACGUGCCUGGGGCAGCAUGCGCUGUGCCUGUCGCUGAACGCCUCCUCGCUGGAUGGCGCGGUGGCUGCGCUGCUGUCCAAGUUCAAGCCCUACUUCUACCAGGCAAGUGGCCUAACUAGCUGCGUGCCCAGCAAGCUGGCAGCCACUUACCCGUCCCUGAUCGCCGUGCUGGCCGAUGCUGCUGACCCCUCGGCAGCGCCUGGUGCCCCCACCACCGCCACGUUUUCCACCGCCGGCGGCGUGUCCUGGACCGCGUUUGCCAAGGGCAACAGCGGCCCCGCCGACCAAGCCCAGAUCUUCGAGGACCUCGUGGUGCCGGGGCUGCAGGCCUCCAUGGGCUGGCAGACCUGGCGCACCCAGUUUGGGGCCUUUGGGCCGGAGGCCUGCCGGUAUGACCCCAACCAGAGCAUGAACAACACCUGCGGCAUCCAGCCCGGCAGCCUGGCCUCCGUCGACAUCCAGAACCUGUCGGUGCCAGCAGGGCUAGCAGGGACGCUGAGGGCAGCAGCAUCCCCUGCCACAGCAGGCGAGGAGCCCCAGAGCUCUGGGGAUGGGCUGGUGCAGCCACCGGUGGCUGCGUGGAGGAGCUGUGACGAUCAUUCCAAAUGGGGGGCGGCGCUGCCGCUGGAUGGCAGCAGCGGGAGCAGCAGCGGCAGCGGCAUCAGCGCGGAACCGCCACCUGCGCCCUGGGUGUGCUUCUGUGACAACAACCGCGAACUGAGCCAGGCGCCCCGUGGCGGCGCCUGCACGUGCACGGAGGCGGCAUCGCUGUGGCGAGCCAUGGCAGCAGUGGUGCAGAGCGCCCCUGACACCUGCAGGCAGGUGGCCGUCAACAUGAGACGAGCCAUCCAGAGUAGUGGAAUCCCUUGCUGGCAGCUGGCUGGAGUGUCAUUUGGAGAUUUACAAGGGUCAGUAGCUAUGCAGACAAGCAUGCAUCAAAGCUGGGAUAUUAUCGCCCAAGACCUGUUGCCGGGAGGGGGUGUGCUGGAGAGCGCCGGGGGUGUGGCAUGA